CUUACUACAUUUAAUUAUUGCCUACAUUAAAAAUUCAUUCAAAUUCAGGGAUGUAAAGAAUAUUAUGUUAGUCAAUUUAGAUACAAAUCGAAGAAAUAAAAUUAACACCGAUGGGAUACUUGUUUAUCAGUCGAUGCUGAUAUAAUAAACACAGGAUGUAUCCAUCAAAAUCUUUCCGGAUUGAUUCAUAUUUCGUGGAUUUACCCAUUUAAACAAUCGAUGAAGUACAUCAUUUUAAAUCAUAAUUGUUUAACUUUUGAUUGAUAUAGGAAAAGUCAGUGGAAAUAUUUUUUUUCCUGGUCGUAAAGUGAAAAAUGACAUGCAGAUGGACAUAGAAACGCUAAUAAAUAUACUACGAAGGAAGCAAAACAAUGUAGAGUAAACGCCAUGAAUGAUUAAAAAGUGCCACAGAGGAAAUAAACUAAUGUAAAAUAAACUUUGUCAUUGAAAGAAAAUGACAUCUUACAGAUAAUGUAGCUGUAUGAGUAUAGUAAAUUUUCUGGAGAUAAAAACAUGAUUUAAAGGAAACUCUGAUACGAUUUCGCUAUUCUGUGAAUCGACUAAACAGACCGCAUAAUGCGUAUACACAAUGAAUCAUCGGUACCAUUAUUUGUAUGUUGACAUCUACAGCUGUAUUAUCAUAAAAAGUCCAGAGAUCGGUAUUCAUUGUUAUGCAGUUUUAAAAAGAUAAAACUUCCGUAAAAAAAUUGUACAAAAGUGAUUUACGAACAGUCAUAAUUGAUAAUAAAGUACUACAAAUCAAAUGGAGUUUUCUAGUCUGAAUUGUACUGACUGGUUGGAAAUUGAGAAUACGAAUCAAACCUAUACAGCUGCCGAUUUAAGCCGUCAGGUCAACACCAGAAACAUAGGCGCUGUCAUAUUUGUUGGCCUAAUGAUAGCAGUUGGUUUAUUUGGCAAUAUAUUGGUGAUCAUAGUUUUUACCCUGAAAUACAAAAAAUCAACUUAUCGUGUUUAUGUUUUGUGUUUGGCGUUUUUAGAUACAGUAAACUGUUGUUUUACGCUUCCGUUUGUAGUGACUUAUCUUUUGUUUUCUCAAAAUUAUCCAAGCGGAGCGUUAUGCAAAAUUGGGCAUUUUGUUGGAUUUUACAUUGGUCUUGCAUCGCCGUUUACUUUGAUCUUAAUUGCAUUUGAUAGAUAUAGAAAUGUUUGUCAACCAUUAUGUAUGCAAAUAACUGAAAAGAAGGCAAAAAUUUAUUGCAUUAUUGUAAACAUUGCAUCUUUGGCGAUGUCAUGGCAUGUUCCUGUUAUAUACGGAAACUCAAAAUAUGAGGUUACGUAUACACAUUUAAUCGUUACGCGGUGUUACAAGGAAGACAAUUUCAUAGCACAGAAGAUAACUUGGUGGCAGUAUAUCAUAUUGACAGCUGUUCUAGUGAUUGUUGCAGUUCUUCUUGCUGUUAUUUAUUUCAUUAUCAUGAUUCGUGUCCAACAUAAAUCAAAAUAUUUUACACAAUUACAUGCAAAAGGACGUGCAAAGUCUUCAGCCGGAAAUGGGCGUGUUUCGUCUAAUACAAACGGAAGCAGAAAUUCGGAUGUCAGCAGAACGUCUUCGAAUUUUUCAAAUGGAGAUGGAACGGCAUCAUAUGUCAGUAAAAGCAUUCAAACAAGGAAAACGACUUUAACGUUCUUUAUAAUCACCACCGUUUAUGUGCUAAGUUCCGUUAUACACCAUACACUAGCAAUUGUGCUGCACGUGGUUCAAAAUCUAGAAUGUAGAAUGACAUUUAUUCAAGGUGCCGUAUUUUGGACUUUCUUUUGGACCAUUUUCAUUAAUAAUAUUGCAAAUCCAUUUAUUUAUGGUUUAUCUGACAAUAGAUUUCGUCAAUAUUUGAAAGCCUUUUUUCAUAAGAAGAAAACUCUUCCAUUAGCAUGGACAACACAACAACCGUUUCUCAAUAACAGAAAUCGAGAAAAGAAAUAAAAAUCCAUGGAGAGAAUAUGAGACACUCGUAGCGCAUUUUAAGGAUUUUAAAUUAUAUAAAAAUCGGCUUGCUUCCGUGCUCGAUCAAACAUAACAGGCCCAAAGUUAAUAUCCUCCAAGUUCAUACAGGAUAUGAUCAGUAAGCUUAUUGGAAUGGAUAGUGAUUUAAGAGGCAACUUGUUAUUUUGAUAUGCUCCACAAUAAAACGUGGUCAAGAAGAUUUUCUGCUGCCUGAGUAAAAUAGUUGUUAUACAAUUUUAAGCCUUAUAUAAGGAUUACAGUUUUGCAUGUAUAUAUUAACAAAGAAUGGAUAUUAAAGGUUUAAUAUAUAUUUUUAACUUAGUAGUAAACACAGUCUUUUCAUUUAAAAUUACAGACAUUAUAAGAUCCAGACUUUGAAAGUUUUGCAAUAUAUUAUAGAAAGUGAAACAAUUUCUCCUUAAAUUGUCAAGAAUUCACAAAAAAAUUUAGAACACUACUUACAGGAUAUGAAAACUACAUAUAAUGGCUUCUUAUAUUUUGAUUAUAUAGAUGAAACAAAUCAAUUAAUACUUUAUAUCCACUUCAAACAACAAUGUCCUUCACAAAACUGUCAUUGGGGCUGAAAGUCCGGAGAAUAUGAUUUUAAUAUCAACUAGAGUCAAACGUUCAACUAACUGUACACAUAAAAACUGAAACAAAACUUAAUAAAUUGCAUGCGUCCAAAUCGCUUUUCUGAAUUUAGCUUCAUCAGGAACGCUCAAAGCCGAAGAUUUGAAAGCCAAUGAUGUAUAAGAGCCGGAAUAGUUUAAGAGCUGUAUAACCAAAAAGGAUAUAUAAGUGUUAGUUUAAAAAAAAAAAGUUUUACUUAUCCUUAUUUUAUUUAAUUUGGUUUAUAUGUUUAUUAUUAUCCUUGUUUCUUGUCACACACCUAGUAUAGAUAUAGUGUUUAAUUGUAACACGAUAUUGAAUUCAACUCAUUAACUUUUUCCAUUUUUAAAACAUGCACUUUAUGUUUGUGACAUUCAAACAAAUAGACAUUGUUAGAGAGUAACUUUUUUUUUUUUUUUAGAGUUUUAUCGAAUGAGAAGUUACAUCCUGGUUGAUCCAGGGAACGUUAGAUGAAAGUCCCACGUUGUUUUGAAAGUGUUAAUAGUUGUUAAAUAAACUUAUUACAUGUUUAAGAAAUGAUAAUAAAAAAUAACUAUUACCAGAAAAUAUUUGUUUACGCUUUUAAAAAUUAAAACUGAAUCUGAAGUACAUUUAAAAUAGUAACAAAUAUAUAUUAGAAUAUAAAUCAAAAUCGAAGUACAUUUAAAAUAGUUACAAAUAUAUAUUAGAUUAUAAAUCAAAAUCGAAGUACAUUUGAAAUAUUUGUGAAAUAUAAAGAAUUUCAUCGUUUUUCUGUCCAAUUAGUGAAUGAUUUUUCAAAUUUCUUGAAACGAAAAUAACUAUACUAUUUCAAGUGUUUUACUUUUAACCUAGAAAAAUGUGUGUAUAGCUAUAUCUUUUCAACAUUGAAUACAUAACUCAAGUUUCAAUAGACUCAAAACUUCUUUAGUGUUUUGAUAUGCACAAAGCAUAAUCUCCAGGAAACUAUAAUAGUCAACGAUUCAACAUCUAGCGUGCAUGGCUGCAGUUCUUAAUCUAGCACUAAAAAACAUAAAUCACACAGUCAUCUUGAUGUUAUCUUAAUGUUAUAUCAGAAUAAACCGUAUGGGUUAGUUUUAUCCAAGAACUAGACGUGUUUUGGGGCCUAAAAUCAGAGCGCAAAAUUUUAGUCUUGUAUAAUAAAUACUCAACCAAGUCAAGUAGGAAAGGAACGUUACAUUCAAUACCUAUUUAGAGAGUUUUACUCUCUGCACGUUCAAGAACCAUUGAGGUUCAAAAUUCAUUCUUGUCCUAUCGAAUAUAACAAUCGUUAUCUACUUUAUUAAAAUUUCCCGCAAUUCAUACCAGAUACGUUGCAAAACCUACCUUUUGGAUUUAUUAUUAAUUUAAUAUGCUUGAAAUAUUUGUCCCUGGACGGUAAGCAAAGACUAGUCAAUCGAAUUAUGGAUUAGAAUCGUUUACAAUGAAAAGUCUGUAAACACCAAUUAUAAAGGCAAAAUACAACUUUGUACAUUUACUAUUAUUUGACGUCAGAAUACUGAAAUAAAACUGUUUCUGUUGUUGUACAAACCUUGUUCAAUCAUAACAUGUACAUUAUGUUAGUGUCUUACCAUAAACCUCAAGAAAAGCUGACACCAUAGAAAACUAUAGGUCCCAAGGGUAAACCACUCUUAACACAUUUUUAGCCAUGAGGUAUGAUGGUAGAUUGAAUUUUUUAUAAGAAACUGUUUAUGGACACUAUCACUUCACUUAGUCUACUAGAACUGUUUAACAUUGUGUUAUAUGAGGAUAUUAUGUACUUUUGUGAACUGUUUGUAAUGAUCUAUGUGCUUAUAAGAUACUGUUUCGAUGCGAAACUGAACUAUGCUUUAUGUGGUGUACUGCCGUAUUGAACGGUGUUGUAAGUGAUGUACUGAUGUGUUGAAUGAUGUUUUGCGUGAACUACUGCCGUAUUGAACGGUCACGGCUGUGAACGAUGUACUGAUGUGUUAAACGGUCACGGCUGUGAGCGAUGUACUGAUGUCGUUGAACGGUCACGGCUCUGAGUGAUGUACUGAUGUGUUGAAUGGUGCUGUGAGUGAUGUAUUGAACGGUGCUGUGAGUGAUAUACUGAUGUAUUGAACGGUGAUGUGAGUGAUGCACUGAUGUAUAGAACGAUAUUUAGUGUGAUGUACUGACAUGUUGAAUUGGGUUUUGUGUGAAGUACUACUGUAUUGAACAAUGCUUUGCGUGAAGUACUGCUGUAUUGAACAUUGUUUUGUGUGAUGUACUGCCGUAUUGAACGGUGCUGUGAGUGAUGUACUGAUAUAUUUAGCAGUUCUUUGCGUGAAGAACUGCUGUAUUGAACAUUGAUUUUUGUGAUGUACUGCCGUAUUGAACGGUGCUGUGAGUGAUGUACUGAAAUAUUUAGCAGUUCUUUGCGUGAAGUACUGCUGUAUUGAACGGUGCUGUUUUUGCAGUUCUGAUGUAUUUAACUGUGCUUUGUGUGAACUACUGCUGUAUAAAUGGUUCUUUGUGUGAAAAACUGCUGUAUGAAUGGUGCUUUGUGUGAACUACUGCUGUAUGAAUGGUGCUUUGUGUGAACUACUGCUGUGAUAAUGGUGCUUUGUGUGAACUACUGCUGUAUGCAUGGUGCUUUGUGUGAACUACUGCUGUAUUGAAUGGUGCUUUGUGUGAACUACUGCUGUAUGAAUGGUGCUUUGUGUGAACUACUGCUGUGAUAAUGGUAUUUUGUGUGAACUACUGCUGUAUGAAUGGUGCUUUGUGUGAAGUACUGCUGUAUGAAUGGUGCUUUGUGUGAACUACUGCUGUGAGAAUGGUGCUUUGUAUGAACUACUGCUGUAUGAAUGGUGCUUUGUGUGAAGUACUGCUGAAUUGAACGUUGCUUUGUGUGAAGUACUGUAGUAUAUACGGUGCUUUGUUUGAUGUAUUUCUAUAUUGAGCGUUGCUUUUUAUAUGUUCUGUUUAAUUGAAUGGUUCUUUAGGUGAUGCACCGUUGUAUUACAAGGUGCUUCGGAUGAUGUACUAUAGUAAUGAACUAUUAAUUUUGUUUAAUGUACUGAUGUACUGAAAGUGCAUUGUGUGAUGUUUUGUUAGAUUUGACUGUGGUGUAUGUAAAGUAUUUGUUUGUGUUGGUUUGUAUGAACUAAUGUUUUUUUUUUAAUUUAUUUAUUUACUAGUAUGCUUUGUGUAAUUACGUGCAGAUGUAACCGUUCGUCGUUUUGAAUUUGUAUGUAGCUUGAUAGUUUUGUGAAAUAUCUUCUUGUAAUAAAGUAAAAUAUGAAAAUGUU